AUGUUUUGUUUACGAAGCUGGCUCCCGCUCCUCUUCAUCCCGACCAACGCCUCCCCGGCCUUCAUCUUCCUCUUCUUCGUCUGCACCUACUUCCUCAACCGGCCCUGCAUCUACUGCUCCUUCCUGCUGCUCAUCCUCUUCAUGACCUCGUGCAACUGGUCCGACCGCUGCUUCUUCGACUUCGGCUCGAACUGGUUCCAGCCCCGCCCGGGCGUCUCCUACUUCACCGACGGCACGGCCUCCUUCACGUGCGGCGAGGCGGGGGGCUGUGCUGACCCGGGCCACGGCACCGCCGCGGCUGCCCUCUCCUCGGCCGUCGAGAACAUGACCGCCACCGCCAACGCCACCUACCUCGUGGCCAAGGACACACUCAACGCGACGGCCAGCGCCGCCGCCGACCAUGUCGCCCAGGCGAGGAGCGAGUGGACUGGCAUAGGGAUCGAGUGGCUCAGGAACCUGCUGGGCAAGAGGGAGUGGCGGAUCGACUGCCUGGACGUCUACAUCAGGUUGUAA